GCGGCGCGAUGGCGACGGCAGUGUGGGCGGCUGCGCGGCUGCUUCGGGGCUCUGCGGCUCUCUGCGCGCGGCCCAGGUUUGGAUCUGCACACAGACGGUUCAGCAGUGGCGCCACAUUCCCCAACAUCCCCCUCUCUUCUCCCUUACCUGGAGUGCCCAAGCCUAUUUUUGCUAUAGUUGAUGGACAGGAAAAGUUUGAAACCAAAGUUACCACUCUGGACAAUGGGCUUCGUGUGGCAUCUCAAAAUAAAUUUGGACAAUUCUGUACCGUAGGAAUUCUUAUUAAUUCAGGAUCACGAUAUGAAGCAAAAUAUCUGAGUGGAAUUGCUCAUUUUUUGGAAAAAUUGGCAUUUUUGUCUACUGCUCAAUUUGACAGCAAAGAUGAAAUUCUGCUUACGCUGGAAAAACAUGGUGGUAUCUGUGACUGCCAGACCUCAAGAGACACCACCAUGUAUGCUGUGUCUGCUGACAGCAAAGGCUUGGACACUGUAGUGAGCCUGCUGGCUGAUGUGGUUCUGCAUCCCCGCCUGACAGAUGAAGAAAUUGAGAUGACAAGGAUGGCUGUGCAGUUUGAACUUGAGGACCUGAACAUGAGGCCUGACCCAGAGCCACUGCUCACCGAGAUGAUUCAUGAAGCUGCUUUUAGGGAGAACACAGUGGGCCUGCACCGGUUUUGCCCUGUAGAAAACAUAGCAAAGAUUGAUAGAAAAGUGCUACAUUCCUACCUGAAGAACUAUUACACCCCUGACCGCAUGGUACUGGCUGGAGUGGGCGUGGAACAUGAGCACCUGGUGGAAUCUGCCAGAAAGUACCUUCUGGGAGUUCAGCCUGCCUGGGGAGCUACUGGAACUGUGGACGUUGACAGAUCAGUGGCACAGUACACUGGGGGGAUCGUCAAGGUGGAGAGAGACAUGUCAAAUGUCAGCCUUGGCCCAACCCCAAUUCCAGAGCUCACACACAUCAUGGUGGGACUGGAGAGCUGUUCCUUCCUGGAGGAAGACUUCAUCCCCUUCGCCGUGCUGAAUAUGAUGAUGGGAGGAGGGGGCUCCUUCUCAGCUGGAGGGCCUGGCAAAGGCAUGUUCUCCAGGCUCUACCUCAAUGUGCUCAACCGGCACCACUGGAUGUAUAAUGCAACCUCCUACCACCACAGCUAUGAAGAUACAGGCCUCCUGUGCAUUCAUGCCAGCGCAGACCCAAGACAAGUUCGAGAGAUGGUAGAGAUCAUCACAAAGGAGUUCAUCUUGAUGGGCAGAGUGGUGGAUCUGGUGGAGCUAGAGCGGGCUAAGACACAGCUGAUGUCCAUGCUCAUGAUGAACCUGGAGUCCAGGCCUGUGAUCUUUGAGGAUGUGGGGAGGCAGGUGUUGGCUACACAUUCAAGAAAGCUGCCCCACGAGCUAUGCACACUCAUUCGCAAUGUGAAGCCAGAAGAUAUCAAGAGGGUUGCUUCCAAGAUGCUCCGUGGCAAGCCUGCUGUAGCCGCCCUGGGUGAUUUGACUGACCUACCCACCUAUGAGCACAUCCAGGCAGCGCUGUCCAGCAGAGAUGGGCGCCUGCCUAGAACAUACCGGCUGUUCCGGUAGAGUCCCUCCAAGGGCAGGCUGCAGAGUGCUUCUGUGUAUGUUACUGUUGGUGUGAACACUGCAUAAGGAUAGCUAGCUCUGUGAACAGUGCCAACAGUGAAACUCUUGGAAACUUGAAUGAAAGUUACUAUUGCCACUGCACCUUUGUGUCUCAAAACACAGGUGGCUUUUUCUUCUAACAAGCGUUGUUACUGAGUGUCUGCCAAAACAGGUGCUGUCUGGCCAGUAGACAUUCUGGAAGGCUGGGAAGUCUCAGGGCUCUAGGGAAACAAAGCACACAGGGCCUCUCCACUGUUAGGACCACAGGCAUGGAUUGUUGUCCUCAUUCUUUUCCCUUUAAAUAGGAUCUCACAGAAUAGCCCUGACUGGCUUGAGACUUGCUAUGAGACACACUCGCUCGUCUCAAACCCACAGAGACCCUUUUGCUUCUGCCUCCCGGGUGCUUGAUUAUAGGCAAGUGCUACCACACCUGGCCUUCUCAGUGCUAAAGCUUAAGUUUUUUAACAAGCCUGAAGGUGUCUCACAGUCUUAAUCCCUUUGUUUUUUGAAAUGGUCUACUUAGCCCUGGCCGGCCUGUAACUCCAUAUAGAGAGAAGAAUGGCCUCUUCUUGCCUUGAUUUUGCCAGUGAUCUUCUUGCCUUGGCUUCAAUUACUGGUCUUCCAAGUAAGAGUCACCAAGCCAGUUAUUUCUCAAUUAUUUACAAGGCCCAGUUUUUAACUUCCCACUUUAAAUGGUUAACUUUCCAACUAAAAUGCCUUCUAAAUGUAAAGGCUAUCUAAAUGUAAAUUGUUAGGGAUGUGCUUUGUCCCUUACCCCAAGACUAUGAUCUUGAUUUCAGGCCAAACUGGGAAGUUUGAGGAUUCCCUCAGUCUUCUCUAAGGUGCCAGAGAAUGUCCACAAAGAAGCACCAAACUGCUGGGUGGUAGUGGCGCAUGCCUUUAAUCCCAGCAGUUAGGAGGCAGAAGCAGGUGGUUUUCCGAGUUUGAGGCCAGCCUGAUCUAUAGAGAGAGUUUCAGGACAGCCAGAGCUACAGAGAAAACUGCAACUGCCACAUCAAACCUCACUCAAGCCAGGAAUAGGUUAGGCCCAGGGCUGCCUGUCUGGGAGGGAAAAAGCAGUUCUAGCUUCGUUACUAGGAGUCUUCCUGGUGGAGUUUGCAGUUCACUGAUUGGACAUUCUGGCACUUUGUACAUUUGCGUGGUUUACUGAAGCAAGUGACUUGGCUUUGCUGACAUCCAUACUAUAGAAGCUGAUGCUGGUGAGUUUCA